GGAAGCUGCGGCAGCCGCCCGGUCUCGGGGCACGGCUGGGUCUGUCCUGCGGCGCGGGGAGGGGGGGGGUCGAGCAGAAGACGUCCGGACACAAACCCUGCGGUCAAAACUCGCCCUCCUUUCUGCAGCCUUUCUCCUCACCGCUGGGUGACCUCUGCUGUAGUCAUUGGGACCAGCAGAAGAAAUCUCUGCUCUCCUUUCCCCCGGGCUUUGUGUAGCACAAAAAAGUUUGAAAUGUGCCAGGUUGACAAGGUAAAAGAGCCAAAGGACAGCUCUGCUUCGAGUUUGCCAGCUUCCCAUUUGUCACUGAUCUGCUUUCCGAGGUUUGAGUCGUGCUGGCCAGCUCUGAUGCAAGACGCCCGUGGUGGUGUAAUCGUUGUCAGCCCGGACCUGCCCAGUCACCUUGAGGAAGCUGACGCCUGGUCCUCCUGCUUCGUGCAGCAGCAGCAGCAGUUACUGGACAGCCAACGUCUCCUGGUUGCACAUCGCAAGCCUGGCCGUGCUGUGGAUUCAGAAGGUCCCUCCUUGGCUGCACCGCUGAACAAACUGAAACUAGUACAGUCCAGCCUGGAAGAAGACCCUGAAGACGUUCGGAUUGAAUUUAUGAAAUACUUCAAAAGCAUUGUCAACUUGCUAAAUGAAAGCAGAGCUAGGGAAGAGGUGUCAAUUAUCACGUAAUGCUGAAAGAAAGAAUAAAGAGAGAGAGAAAGCGAGUACUGUUUGCAGUUUGAGAUCUGCCCUAGCCAAGAAAUAACUCUAGAACUUAUCUUGUUAAGGAGAGUUUGCCAGUGGAUAAACACUAUAAGAAUAGUUUGUGAGUGAUUUUCCCCAAGAGAAAAUAGAUGCACAGCUUAAGACUCCUCAAGAGACUGAAGGCUGAAUUCAGAUGAACUGUUAUCCAAAAGAUUUGGCUGUAAAUCCAGGAAUGCAAGUAACUUUAGCUGUCCCCUGACCAGGUGUGUUACUGGAUAAAGUUCAAGAAGGUGUCUUCUAAUAUGUCUGUGUGGACCCAGCUAAUUAACUAUAUAUUUAGUUUGUGAAAACAUUAAGAAUUUGGCUAGUUCUUAAUUGACUCACUUAAGAAGGUUCUCAUCUUUUUCCAGAAAAAGCUAAAUGAAUGGGCCAGGCAGAACAUAAGUUUUAGGAAUCUGUGUUUAAGCACUUGGGUAAUGUGUCUAUGGCAGCUGUGCUGUUACUUGGAGAAAAUAUGCUUUUGGAUGUCAGUAGAAACUGGUUGGAACUGAGAUGUGAGCAUUAAGUCUCCGGUGAAAUCUAUAUUUUAAUGUCCCCAAAUCUCCUCACCUCUCUCCAGCAUCUGAAGAGCAUAUCAUUUUACAGGCUUGUGUUCUGGCAAGAUAGAAUAAACUGCAACCUUUAUUCUGACAAGCCUUUCCAUCCACUGCAACAAAACUCCCAUAUUUACUCAAUUAGCAGCAGUGUGGAGCUGGCACUGCUGUUCCAGCGCUGUACAGCCCUGUAGCGAGUGGCAGGGAGCUGCUACUGCUGCUGCUCUG